AUGUUGACCACAACAUUAUUCGUUGGACUCCUAGCGGUGCCUUGCUUGGGCAGUGUAAAUCCAGCAAAGCCUCAGAUGGGAUGGAACACCUGGAACACAUUCAAGAGCAAUAUAAAUGAGACAUUGAUCAAGUCCAGCGCAAAGAGCCUGAAAGACACUGGCUUAGCACGGGCUGGCUACAAAUACGUCAACCUGGACGACGGGUGGCAAGCCUUUACACGAGACUCCCUGGGUCGCCAGCAGCCAAACUCUACCAGGUUCCCCAGCGGCAUUAGAGCAUUGGCAGAUUUCGUGCACGGCCUAGGACUUAAGAUUGGAAUAUACAGUCGCUCAAGCGACGCGGGCAUUUAUGACUGUGCCUUUUACCCUGGAAGCUACGGUUACGAGGAGCGAGAUGCUGCUACUUAUGCGUCAUGGAAGAUUGAUUAUCUCAAGUAUGACAACUGUGGCGGCUUCCAUGCGGGCACAAUCUCUCCUCAAGAACGUUUCCUGCGCAUGGGCGAUGCAUUGAACCGAUCUGGCCGCGACAUCCUCUACUCGUUAUGCCAAUGGGGAAAUCAGUUUCCGUGGCACUGGGCAUCCUUCACAGAUAGCUACAGAAUCUCUGGAGACAUUAAGAGUGCAUUCGGCGAAGAUAGUAGCGGUGUCUGUCAAUCUGCUUACUGCCUGAAUACCGGCUAUGCAGGGGUCAGCGUACUGACAAUGAUCCGCAAGAUGCGGGAGUUGUCGCGAUUCCAGAGACCUGGUUCAUGGGGCGACAUGGACAUGCUCGAGAUUGGUACUGGCACCAUGAACGUAUACCAAGAGCAGACCCAUUUCUCUUUCUGGGCUGCACUCAAGUCACCGCUAAUCAUUGGGGCCAACAUCAACACGAUCAGCAAGUCAUCUCUAAACAUCUUACUCAAUAAAGAGAUUAUCGCAAUCUCUCAGGACGACGCCGGUGUAGCGGUCAACUACCUGCCCGAGCUAUCGACAGAGCACAAGAUCCAAGUCUGGGGCGGGCCUCUUGCCUCUGGCAAGUCACGCUAUGUAGUAUUGGCUCUCAACUAUGGUCCAAACAUCACCGACAUCACAAUUCCUCUCGGUGGAUUGCCUGGGUUGAAGGGGUCUAGCCUAUCCGAGUAUUCCGUACGAGACGUUUGGGCUGGAAAGCAAGGAUACCAUGGAGGUAAUAAGCUCGUGCUGAAAGACGUGGCUUUGAACCAGACGAAAGUACUGGUCUUCUCCAAGAAAUAA